GCUUCUUACAAAAUUCCCAGUAUUCUACUCACAGCCCAGGGGGAAUCUGCAAUCUAUCCUUCCUGAGGAUUCUUCACUAUCAUCAUCUACAACCUUCUACACAUCCUUAACAUGGCGUCGUACCAUAGAGUUCUAAUGACCUUUGAUAGGUCAGUGACACAAAAAAGUGUAGAGUGCAAUUAUGACAUUCACCCAUGGGAUGUGCUGAUAGAUGGGUCACGAUGGAAUGGAAAGAUAAGACUCAUAGGCUACGUCGAUGUGUUUUUUCUCAUCUGUUACUCAGGAGAGUCCCGCUUCGAGAAGGGCAUCAUUAUAUACAAGGAUGAUGAGAUUAUCCAAAAGUUGAUGGAAAGUGCGGGCGUGACACCAGAAGGUCUCGGCUUGCAGCUCAUGAACGAAAAGGAAGUCAAGGCAGCAGAGGGUGGAAGAAAGGAAGUGUUGAAAAAGUAUUUCGACUUCCAAUCAGUGAAAGGAGGUCUUGACUACACAAUCACAAGUCUCGGUCAUGAGGUGGGGGUCAAGACGGAAUACGAUGCCUCAACUUUGAGAAAAUACGUCAUCAAAAUUCGCAAAGGCAGAGAUUCUAUAAUGAAACCGAGAGUUCGGAGAGGGGUCAGUCAACAUGACCUCUUCGACCUCAUGCACGACGCAGUUCGGUUGGGAAUCAUCACGCAAGCCGAGCUUAUCGGUCAAAUCAUUGGAAAGACCAUUGGUGGAUCGACGAUGGAAGAUGUUACAUCGAAAUAUCUUGAUGCUCUAAUUGGAGCGAGGAACUCCAAGAAUGUUGCACUGGAGGCAGACAGACAAUGAGCCGCUGCUCCGUAGAUACGAGAGUAAAGCACCACACGUAGAGCAGCUUAUAUACAGAGUAUGUACCUAUAUUGCCAGACCAGGCUCUCAUUAUACAUUGGCUUUGGGGGCGAUGAAAGAGCUCC